UACAGCUUUUCGCACGCCCGCGUUGCUACCGGGAGCCGUAUACGUAGAGGAUGAGAGUAAGCAAUUUUCUCCCGAAGAUGGAGCGGCCCUGGGACAUCGUCGUUGCUCUAGGGAGAACGUACGACGAUGCGAGCGAGCGAGUGAAUAUCUAAGUACACAAUCCCCUGAAAGAGCGAUGGACGUGAUCUAGAAACUUCUCAACCACGAAGAUUUCAUUUUCUUCGAAAUCUCAUCUUCCAGGAAAUAUCGAAGAUCACCCUUGUGGCUAUAAAAGCGCGAGUUGCCUCUCUCUCUUUCUCACUCUUACUCUCACCUUCGCCUCCGUUGCCUAAAUUUUCUAAGUUCGCUCCUUGCGCCCAGCAUCCACCAUCACGAUGGUGUUGAAGGACGAGCGCCGAGCAACGUACGUGCAUGUACGUUCAAGUGUGCGAGGGCAGCGCGCAAAUAUCAAUCAGUGGAGUCAAGAGUGGAAUCAGGGUGGCCGAGUGGUUCCACAUAAUGCUGCAACCAGGAGGUGAGAGAGCGUAGCGCGCAACGUGUAUCUCGUGUUCGGUGGCCGGUGCAGUUCAGACGUACAUACGCGCGCAGACGUGAACCCACACAUACACAUACCAGAAGUACAUACACACACAAGCAUGGAACCCCAUCAGCUACCCCACAUGCUGUACCGGAGCAACGACGCCCGGUAGCGUUCGGCAGCGUCGUCGGCCCCACUCCUUUUCGCGGAUCGACGAUCGUCCGCGUGUUGGUUUGUGCGUGCACCACCACGUACACAGGGAACAACCCGGUGUGUGUGUGGGUGGAGUAGAACUGAGAAGGCGUGCCCGGGAGGCGGGACCCGGGACCAAAAUCUUGGUGUGCAUCGGACUUCUGUGUGGGUGUUCUCCCUCUCCAUAUGAACGCCGACGAUGUGUGCGUCGUUGGUGUAGCGCUCUCCAUCUCUCUUCUCCACGUCCGCCGCUCUUGCGGCCGUCAUCGCAUGGGAGUCCCUCCACUAUCAGACCCGUUAACAGCAGUCGGCGUCGAGGCACCCGCUCUAACAGCUAACGUCUCUCACAUCCCCGGGCUUGAGCCGGUGCUCCGACCUGUCCUGUCCGGCCGAUGGACUGCACGGAAAUCAGUGUCACUGACAACCGGAAGCCCCGUCUCUUGCGCCACACGUAUUCAUUGUCUCAAAAUAGGCAGAAGCUGUCCUACGGGGGCCUAUUCGGAUGUUGACAAAUUACGGUCAGCAUACAGCUUCGAGUGUCUUGACUGUGCCGGCGAAAGAAUCUCGAGUGCUUGUGCGCUACCACGAGAUCGAUGUUGACAAUCCAUGAAAGGAUGAAGUCUGUGAACAGGUAGUCCUGAGAAAGAAACUUUUCUCGCGUGCACUUGGAGACUGCAGACAUUGCUAAUUAAAGAGACAUUGCUUUUUUAAAGAGUCACCAAACAAACAGUUUCGAUAAUUGUUGAGAAUUGUUCCUGAAGACACAAGUUCCCGAAGGUCUGAAGGAUUCACAGAGAGGGGAUCUACCAACCCUGAAAGGACUUUUUGAACAGUUUCAUUGGAAGUCAGAUUAGAGAAGAUUGUGUAUGUUUGUUCAUUGCUGAGGAAACUUAAAGAUUGCAAGCGUGUUGGGAGAGGAGAUGCGAUUGUCGUGUGUAGUGACGCGGAAGUUGUAAAACGGACUCGAGGUCCAGGAUGAUGGAAGUGCAGCAACAACACUCGCCUGUCGGGGUGGGUCCACUAGACUUUUCAAGACGAGGGGUUGCCGAGGCGUCAGCGUUUCGAGUUGUCAAACCCAAACAACCGGCCUCGUCGCUUGUGCAUCAGCAACCGCUGCCGCCGGAAACCAACAACAACGAGAAUCUUCAGGAGAACCCGCAGAUUCCCAUCGAUGAAGGAGGAUGUAAUGUUCGUUUAAUGUUCCCGAGACUGUGGGCACCGUUCGGGAAUGCCACGGAAGUUACAAACCUACCACCCUUACCAAAAAGUCACUCAGAACGGCUAUCUUUCGGAGUUGGUCGUCUGGUGGGUUCACCGGCGACAAGGAGUCCCUCGCCGUCUCAGUCUCCUUGCCCGGAUUCUCCCCCUCCCGAACGCCGCGACGCCGAGGUGGAUGUCGACGUCGGUGAAGAGGAGGUCGACGUGGACGUCGAGGAGGUCGGUGACGAGGAUGACCACGAGGGUACCUCGAGUCCGCCGCGAUCGUCGUCAACGCCAUCGCCGUCGCCGGUUAGCGUCGCGACGUCGCCCAUAUCGCAUCCGCCGAAGAAAUCCGGCGACAGUUUCAGCGUGUCGGCGCUCCUGAGGCCGGAUCCACCAUCAGCACACCUGCAGAACGCGUCCCCGCAUCGAGAAUCCGCUUCCAUGGGCGCUCAUCCGCCACCGCCCGGCUCGUCGAUCCUGUACCCGCCGUUGCAUCUUCAGGGCGGCCUCCUGCCGCCCCAUCCGCAUCACCCUCUCUCGUACCUGCAUCCCCAGCUGCUGCCGCAUCAUCUUCUGCCGCCGCACCUGCACCCGUUGUUGCGCGGCGUUCAUCCGGCUCACCCGGGGCUGCAUUCGACUCACACGGCGCACGGGCUGCACCAUCCUCAUCCGCUCGGCGACGUCUACAGCUGCGUCAAGUGCGACAAGAUGUUCAGCACGCCGCAUGGGCUCGAGGUUCACGCGAGGCGGUCGCACAACGGUAAACGGCCAUUCGCCUGCGAGUUGUGCAACAAAACCUUCGGCCACGAAAUCAGCCUCACGCAGCACAGGGCUGUACAUUCCGCGGAGAAAGUGUUCGAGUGCAAGCAAUGCGGUAAAGCUUUCAAGAGAUCCAGCACGCUGAGCACUCACCUUCUAAUCCACUCGGACACGAGACCGUACCCCUGCCAGUUUUGCGGCAAGCGAUUCCACCAAAAGAGCGACAUGAAGAAGCACACUUAUAUACACACCGGCGAGAAACCUCAUAAAUGUCAAGUAUGCGGUAAAGCGUUCUCGCAGAGCAGCAACCUGAUCACGCACUCGAGAAAGCACACGGGUUUCAAGCCGUUCGCCUGCGAGCUCUGCGGUCGAGCUUUCCAGCGUAAGGUCGAUCUGAGGAGGCAUCGCGAGACCCAGCACGCUGAUCUGAACGCGUCGCAUCGACCGCCGAUUGGUUCGAUUCCCGGACAGAAUUCCCUGCCCAGUGGAAAUCCUCCGAUGAUGCAGUGAGAUCGCGACGAGGAAGCGGUUGAUAAUCUGGCGCCAGAUUGAUACGGAACGGCGACUGGAGGUCGUCGCAAUUAGCGACUCUUUUCCGUGAAACGGAAGGCGGUUCGACCAGAUUGAGGACGCAACUACGAGAAGUAAAAUCAUGAAUAACGAUCUCAAUGAUGGCGGAGAAGAGAGCGAUAAAUUAAUCUCAUGGAUAGAAUUGCUAGUGAGGCGAUUGCGGAUGGCAUCAUGGUGGAUUGCUGGCUGGAAGAUAUUAACUUUUUGCAUUUUAUAUUAUUUUUAUUUUUUUAAUGUACUUCCGAAUAGAAGAAAAAAGGUUUAAAAAUCAACAGCACUUGAGAAACGUGCUUGUAAGCUAAAUUUUCAAUUUUAAUUCGUAAUGUCAAUCCGGAAAAAUUGCAUUUUAAAUGCAGUCGUUAAGAUUAUAAUUGAUUUGAACUAAAAAUAUUGCGAUAUUUUAGAAAUACAUCAAAAGGCAAAAUGUUAAUAUCAAUCAAUCGCGGAUUGCAAAAUUUUGUGUAAAUUUAGAUCGCCUAACAAAUGCGAAAUUAAUCGGAACAGUGCAAUUCGAGAAUGAACUCUCGGGACGAAGUAAAAUUUACCGGAAAGGGGGUAUACCGUAGCAUUUUUUUAUCGCAAGAUCUUUAUUGAUCUUUUGACGUUAGUGCGAGGAGACUGUAUAAGUUAAUAUUUAUUCGACCAUUUUAUUUCGCGUGCGUCGAUUAAUCUAACGCGAGUAUCCCACCACUUCAAGGAUUCUUAACUUGCGGAAUAUACUCAGGAUAAAUAGAGAAAGUGAAUUGGUGAUUCGUUGCGACUGGACAUUCCACGAAAAAGCGUUCCGUUUCGUUCCUAAGUGAAGUGUACGCCGGGGUUUGGUUUCUUCAUCGAUUUUCGUUCGGACUGAGAGCCUUCUUCGGUGAGAAGUGAUAAUUUAUGAAUUUCGAUAUGUAAAGUGUGAAAGUGAAUGGACUGACGACUGUUUUUGUUACGAAUGAUGAUUAACAAUUCCUACUUUAAUCGUCUAGCUACCUGCAAAUCGAUUACCUGUUACUGUGUAACUUCUCUUAUUACGUAGAUAUUCUCACGAUACGCAAUGCGAUCGUCGAGCUAGUCGGACGGUCAAGAUUGUAAAUUUUACAAGAUUAAUAAUUUUAUGAAGAUGCCGUACAUUUAUGUUCACAAUAACAUUCGUUAUUAUAAAAACAAAAUUCUUUUUAAUUGAAAAUAUACGCAAAUUAUAUAAUGUUACUUAUAAUAUAGAAGAAAUUUAAUGAUUUGAGAACUAUAUAUUUUUUUAAUACUACAUUUAAAUGUAUUUUUCUAAAAAUUACGUCCGAGUAGCACGAUCGAAUGGCGUAUAACGUGUCAAAGUACGGCAAGAACGUACUGUAUUUUGCAUAUCUCCCGCACCUGUCGUUGAAAAAAAAAAGAACAUAAAGACCACCAACCCCUAAAGUUGCAACUGUGACCAAAAAUUGUAAAUAGCACGUAGAUUGUAUCACGGCUAGUCUAAGCGUAUAAAUAUAUACAUAUAAAUAAAUCGAAGCUAUAAAUAUUAUAAAUAGAGAGGGCACGUAAUGUGUGCGGCGCAGAGUCGUUCCGUCUAAUGGCGGCUCGCUCGCCGUGGCCUCACCAAGAAGUUAUUAUAUUCUUCCCUUUUUCUCGCUAUCGAAAUUUUUAUUGUUGUACCAUUAAUAUCAUUAUGUAAUUAUUGUAAUUAGAGACUCGCUAUUAAUAUUAUUGUCAUUAUUAUUAUUAACAAUAAACGCUGUUACCAUUUGUAAA